AUGAGCUUUGGUGUGAAGACCCUGCUGGGCCAUGACAAGAAAAUUUGUGGUUGGUAUUACUUACUGGGAGAAGAUCUGGGCAGAAGAAAGCACCUGAAAGUGGGCACAGGUCCCCUCAAGCGAGGCCAAGAGAUGACGUUAGCCAAGCCGGCUGCCUUGUUGGGGGAGCAGCAGCUGCAGGAGGACAUGGAGCAGAUCAAGAUCACAAUCCCGCGUGGGAAGAAUGGGUUCGGUUUCACCAUCUGCUGCGACGCCCCUGUUCGGGUCCAAGCCGUUGAUUCUGGCGGCCCAGCAGAGAAGGCUGGCUUGCAGCAACUGGACACGGUGCUUCGGCUCAAUCAGCAGCCUGUGGAAGACUGGAAAUGCGUAGAAUUGGCCCAUGAGAUUCGGAACUGUCCCCAGGAGAUCCUCCUCAUCGUUUGGCGCAUUGUGCCGCAGGUCAAACCCAGCCUGCAAGGGGUCUCCCGCCACCCCUCUGGCAAAUCCACCUACGAUUUGCAGUCUCCGCCCACCCGGCGGGAGAAGAGCAGCACCGGGCGAUCGCGGGCCCCCGAGCAUCGACAGAGCUGCCACGUGCUGUACGAUGGGAACCACGAGUUUGCGCUCAACAGCUGGGAACGAUACACUGAGCUUGGCAAGGCUCCCCAGCAGCACACCAUGCCUCCGCCUUCCCGACCUCCUUCCUCCAGUGGUACAGACAAGAACUACAUCCUCCUUACCCCGCUUAAUCCGGGGGGCCAGCUUCUGAGGCGAGUCUGCCAGGAGAAUGAAGCUCCCGGAGGCAAUGUGUGCAAAGGAGAAUCUCGUGGCAAGAAAUCCCGGCUGAUGAAGACGGUGCAGACCAUCAAGAGCCAUGGAAGCAGCACCCAGAGCUGCCCUCUGCUGGGAUCCCACAUCCCACCCUCCAGUUACGGCACCUACGUAACCCUCGUGCCCAAAGUGCUGGUUUUCCCCAUCUUUGUGCAGCCUCUGGAUCUUUGCAGCCCAGCUCGGACGCUGCUUUUAUCAGAAGAGCUGCUGCUUCACGAGACUCGAAACAAACCAACUGAGGUGACCCUCUUCGUUUAUUCAGACUUACUGCUCUUCACCCAGGAAGAGGAGCCCGGACGAUGUAAUGUCUUUCGCAACCCACUUUACCUGAAGGAUGUGCGGCUGCAAGAGAGCUGGAGUGUGUGCUCAGCCUGCAGGCUCACUUCCGCGAGCAGAAGACCAGGGUGUGCUGGUGUCUGAUUGAGAACAUCGUGAAGCAGCAGCCGAGAACAACUCCGACAGCCCCUCCGGCGGAAAGCAAGAUGCUUGAGCCAGAAACUGCGAAAUUAGGGGCAGUGCCAUCUGUGGGGCAGGACGACAGCAGCCGCCGCCUUGCCUAUCCGGUGAGAGGCAACUCCAUAGAGGGGCUGACGGGGGAAGCUGUGGCAGAAGUCCAGGGCAUCACGAUGGAAGAGGGAAGGCAGAGCCGCCACCUUGAGCGGCAGGAACAGGAAGCGCCCUGCAGCGGCUCCACUGCCUUCGUCAUCCCAAAGUUGCAGGUGGACGGUGCCUUCAGUCAAGACCUGACCUGCCUCACCAGCCUCAAGCUCAGCGGUUCAGAGGAAUUGGCUGAGGAGGAGGAGGAGGAGGAGGAGGAAGAGGAGGAGGACAGUAGUGAGGCUUAUCUGGCCAGGGGGGACAGAAAACGCUGCAGCCUGUUUGAAACGUCUCAGCCGGCCUGCAGCCUGAGUGUGCAGAACUCCCUGCGGCGCCGCACUCACAGCGAAGGCAGCCUGCUCCAGGAGCCCCGAGCGGGCCACAGCUUCACCUCCGACACCAGCCUCAAUUACACCGAGAUGCAAGGGCCGACCUCCGGCUGGACCCUGCCAUCUCCACAGAGCCUCAAGAAACAGCUUCUGAAGAACGGGGGCUCCAUCCACCAACUCACCCUGCUCUUUGUUGGGAAUCGGAAGCAGCAGCAGGGGCUGGAUCCUGAAGGACUCUGUGACUCAAGAGGGGCCCACAAGAUGAACAAGACAAUGGCCAAAGACGUCAAGAACCGACUGGCGCUCUUUCGGAAGCGGCAUGAAGCCUUGGGGAGCCAGCCUGAGAGCAAGGCCGACAAAGGGAUGAAGCCUCAGCGGCCCCCUCCUGAAGAAGCUCUCAAGUGGGGGGAAUCGCUGGAAAAGCUGCUGCAGCAUAAAUAUGGAGUGGCUGCCUUCCGUUCUUUCCUGCGCACUGAGUUCAGUGAGGAGAACCUGGAGUUCUGGCUGGCAUGUGAGGAAUACAAGAACAUCAAGUCCCAGUCCAAGAUGAUCGCCAAAGCCAAGAAGAUCUUCACCGAAUACAUUGCGGUCCAGUCCUACAAAGAGGUCAAUUUGGACUCCUACACCCGGGAACACACCAAAGAGAACUUGCAAAACAUCAGCUGGGGCUGCUUUGACCUUGCCCAGAGGCGGAUUUAUGGCUUGAUGGAGAAGGACUCCUACCCCCGCUUCCUGCGCUCAGAGCUGUACUUGGACCUCAUUAACCCGAGGAAACCUUCACUGUAGAUAGAAGAUGCUAGGCUUCCCUCCAGGAAACUCCCGGGGAGCAGUAUGUUUACAAAUAAUUACCAUUUUGGCCAUGGGAUUGUCUGGAUAAAUAAAUCUGUCUUCCCACCCAAAGGGGCCUCGGGGUGACAGAACUAAGUAGCUUUACUAUUCCUUCUUCCCGACAACCUGCUUUUUCCUCUGGUACGAUGAAGUCAGAGCACCCGAAGCUGCAAAGGAGCAGGUCUUCCAAUGGACGACUGUGAAGUCCAGAGCCUUCCUUCCACCCUUCUGGAGGUGGCAGUGCGAUGCACGCAGACCUGUCUUGGGGCAUCCGUGGCUUUCAUGAAUGGGCCACAUCCUCAAAGAGCAAGAGGGAGUGGGAGGGUCCCUUGCAGACUUCCGCUUUUGAAUCUUGGCAUGUCUUCUUUGGACAGAAAGCUCCCUCUGAACUGCAACAGACAAGGAAUCCUCCUGCUUCUCUCCCACUUUCUGAAAGCCAUGAUAAUCCUUGCUAAGUUUAUUUAUUGAAGCCUUCUAGUGGGACACCACAUCUGUGAGAAUGUCUCCCUGUUGAGUUUCCUUUCAAAUUUAAGUGCAAUAUUUUUUUAUUACCCUAUUGCUAUUAUUUGUCUCCUGUUUCUCUCUGACUCUUGGAGUGAGUGGCAGAAUGAAUGUCAGUCAGUCACUCUUGUUCCUUAUUCUUUGGCCUCCGACGUCUGCCCCGGCAGAUGUGUAAAAAGCUUACUGCAUCUUGUUGCAACAGCGGUGUAUACUGGAAAGCAUCUGUACGUUUCUGUGCUGUGUCACCAAAGGAGGUGUGAGCCACAGCAGCAUUUCUGGAUUUGCAUUCAUAUCCACGUGACUCUUUGGGUCCAGAAGGAUGCGAUCUCCUCCAAUGGAUCUUUUGACCAAGUGCCUGGUUAACUACUCAGGCCUAUCUCUGCAGUUCAAGAUAUUUUUGUUUUUUUACUCUGUCCUGUCUAUUUAGGAUAAAUAAAGAGACAAUACAAGUUAA